CCGGUGGGCUGUCUGUAUGUACAGUAUGUGACUGCACUGAGCUGCUGAACACCGGUGGGUUUGGCUCCGUGACUGAAAUCUGAGGCGGCUUUAAAAGGCUUCGAGCAGAGCCACACACAGUCGAAGAGAAACAGUUGGAGCUCUGGGUUCAUCUCCAAUAUUUAGAAACACUUUUUUGCCAAAGUAACUCUAAAGGUAUUACUGAAUAAGGGCAAAAUGGAGAUAGUUUAUGUUCCAACCCUUGAGGGAUUAAAACCUCCAACCUUUACGCAGAUUUUAAACUAAGGUUUCACCAUCUCUGGUUCGUGGCGGAGCUGCGCGCAACGGGACACCGGCGUCUCCAUUUACGCACGUCGCUCACGCGCUCUUUAACGCGUCGGACCGCUGUCAUUCUCGACUAAUCUGACAAUGGGACACCCGAGCAACACGUCGCACCCGGUCAACUCCACAGACCCGUUCGGACGCGACGAAGAAGUCGCGAAAAUCGAGAUCGCGGUCCUGAGCGUCACCUUCGCGGUCGCCGUGAUCGGGAACUGCAGCGUGCUGGUGGCCAUCCACAACACCAAGAAGAAGCCCUCCCGCAUGCAUCUGUUCAUCAAACACCUGAGCCUGGCAGACCUGGUGGUCGCGUUCUUCCAGGUCCUCCCGCAGCUGUGCUGGGAAAUAACCUUCCGUUUCUACGGCCCGGACUUUCUGUGCAGGAUCGUCAAGCACCUGCAGGUGAUGGGCAUGUUCGCGUCCACUUACAUGAUGGUCAUGAUGACCCUAGACCGCUACAUCGCCAUCUGCCACCCUCUGAAGACCCUCCAGCAGUCCACCCGGAGGUCCCACAUCAUGAUCGCGGGCACGUGGAUCAGCAGUCUGCUCCUCAGCACGCCUCAGUACUUCAUCUUCUCCCUCAGUGAGAUCCAGAACGGCUCUGAGGUGUACGACUGCUGGGGUCACUUCAUCCAGCCCUGGGGAGUGCGCGCGUACAUCACCUGGAUCACAGCGGGGAUCUUCCUCAUCCCGGUGAUCAUAUUAAUGACCAGCUACGGAUUCAUCUGCCACAGCAUCAGAAUGAACAUCAGAUAUAAGACGAGGAAGACUCCUGCGGACGGGCUGAUCGGGAAGAGCUCGGUGAGCAGCGUCACCACGAUCUCCAGAGCGAAGCUACGCACCGUCAAGAUGACCUUCGUCAUCGUCCUCGCGUACAUCAUCUGCUGGGCGCCGUUCUUCACCGUGCAGAUGUGGUCUGUGUGGGACAAGAACUUCAGCUGGGACGAUUCAGAGAACACGGCCGUCACUCUGUCUGCGCUGCUGGCCAGUCUGAACAGCUGCUGUAACCCGUGGAUCUACAUGGUUUUCAGCGGACACCUCCUGCAGGACUUCGCUCACUGCUUCCCCUGCAGUCACCAGAUCCAGCAGAGCUUCCGGAAGGAGGAUUCGGACAGCAGCAGCCUGCGGAGAAUCACGCUGCUCUCCAAAGCUGCCAACCGCAGCCCCACGGGCAGCUCGGGCACCUGGAGAGAGUUCGAUCCCUCGGCUCCGGCCGAGACGUGACGCAGGAGUCAGGAUCACAGAUCUGCUCUUCAGUCAGACUCUCAGCGGGGAGAUGUGAGGCGAGCGUGCACCAUUACUGCUCAGGAGAUGCGACGGAGUCUGAAAACUAAAAACAGACUUGUGUUGUCACCCAGGAACAGUCUAGAGCUGUGACAUCACUGUGACAUGAGCGUUUGAUGAGGAAUGAUGCAGUUCAUAUGGAGUUAGAGGUCUCUUCUGCUCUUAAAGGCUGCAUUUAUUUGAUCAAACAUAUUUUGAAAUAUUAUUACAAUUUGAAAUUACUUGAAUAUAUUGUAAAGUAAAAUUGAUCUGUAUUUUCAGUAUCAUUCCUCCAGUCUUCAGUGGCAC